GUAUAUGUGCGCCAAACAUUUACAUUUUUCAGUAAUAUUUCAAGAAAAAGUUAUAAAUUUAAUUCUAAAGUGCAAUUUAAUAAUGCAAAUACGCGAUUCAUAAUAUAUUUUAUAAAUAUAUUCAGACAUUUGUGAGAAAAGCGCGCUAAACUUCAUGCGUUGAAUGGGACAGUGAAGCACUAAUCUUUGACGCCAUGUUUAAUUUCUAGCCAUCAGCACUCCUAUUAAAUUAUUGAAGGGGUGAGACGAGUAGGCCGGGUGGCAAGUUGUAGUGGAAUGAUUUAAGAAAAUCUCAAGCGCAAUUUUCAAGUGUUGAAAGAAGUGAGAAAUUUAUAUAAAUGCAAUUCACAUAAAUUAAUUAGUAUUAGACGGUUGUAUAUAAGUACACAAAAAUGGAAAUAUGAGCUUUCUCCAAAUAAUGGAAUUGUUUGAAACUCUAAAAAUAAAUACCAAUAUAAUUUAUGCAACAAAAGCUACGUGAGAGUAUGGCUCUCUAAACGAUUACAGUAUAAAGAGGAUCAACAAAAACAUUUACAAAAAGAGUAACGGCAACAAAACCAACAAUAACUAGAAAUGUAUAUAGAUACUUGUACCCUAGUGGGAAAACCAGCGGACAGGUGAAUUUGUUUAGCGCCGCAUUUAUAGCAUCAUGUGGGAUAAAGAGGCCUCACAAAUCAAAAAACCUGAGGACACCUCCGUCGAAGGAAAUACCGAAAAUGCCGCCUCACAAUACUUCAAAACAAAUAAUUUAUCAGAAAAUGUUUCAGCGAGAGCAGAAACAGUGGUGGUUGCAACAUAUGUUGUCCGAGAUGACGAUGAUUGCGCCGAUAAUAGAAAAAACGUAAAUGAUCGCCCAAUGCCUUUGGCGGCAGAACAAAGCGAUAACGACAAUUUUCUGUCUAUUGUACAAUUAUGCGAUGGACCAUCAGCAAGCUCCUUUUCACAGAAAAAAGAAUUAUCAAACGCGGUAUCACAUUCGCCAAAAUUCUCAGAUUCCAAAUCUGUAUUGCCAACAUCAGCAGCAACUAUGUCAGCUGCAGCUAAGGAAAUAACUAACGCGGAGGACUCAAUUGUAUCUAUUGAUAAUGAUGAAUUGCCAUAUAAAAAUAUAAAUGCAAAUAUUAAAACUCUAUCCUCUAUGCAAUCUAAUAAACCAGUAAUUCCAUUAAAAUAUGACAGCUCAAUAGCAAGAAAAUCUGCUCAGAAUGAACAGGUUCAAAGCGAUAAUGUGGCUGGACCACAAAUACCGAGUUUGUAUGACAAACAACUUACCCUACAAGCAGAAGAUUUGCACGCGGCAACAAGAGAAUAUUCACCAGCAGUUUCCGUUGAAGAUCUCACAUUAGUGUCGGAAAUGCGUGCGGGUUCGCCCACCCCAUCAAGCAUUACAAGUGCUUCAACCCUCCGAGCCGCAAGAGGUACGAGUGGACGUCGAACGGACUGCUUGCGACAUAUGAGACGACCACCCAAAGAACCUGAAGAAUACCUAGAUGCAUUGUUUCCACAUAUACGUAAAACUCAUAUGCAAAUUCGUCAAGCUUUAUUGCAUGCACCGCUUACAGAUGUCAAAGAUAAUGCAUUGCUAAAGAAAAAAAUGUUGGAGCUAAUUCAGAUCUACACUUGUGGUUGUAGAGAUGAAUUCGAGAGAGUGGGACCAUCGCUUGUACUCUGUCGUAGACUGAAGAGAAAUAUUGUACGACUUCUUGAUUUGUUUCAUGAAAUUUGUUCAUCUAGUCGUGAGGAUCGCGCCUAUUUGUACCAUAUUAGCCAACUAAUCGCAGUGUAUACUUCCCUUGAAAUAAGAUUGUCCUUUAAUUUGACAAGACAACAGAAAUGUGCGCUAAUUCACCGCAUAUCCCACAUCAUAAAUAAACAUUUAAUGGUAAAAAAUGAGCCUUUGGCUAAAGAAAACAUACUGCGAAUGUUCCUUCACAUGCCCGAUACAUAUUCAGCACGUUUUAUAAUGGAACCGCUUUUCAACAACUAUUUGGUAGAAAUCGCCACGAGCAGUAAAACAUGGUGUCAAAAAGAAAUGCCUGAUAAAUUAUUUGUGCAAUACAUUAUAAUAUUGCAUAUAUGGAAAGAGAUGCUACGAGAUCCACUUGAACAAGUAGAACUAAUUAACCGUGCCCAACAUUUUAUGUGCCCAACCAAGACGCUACAUGCAAAUCCAAUGUAUGCUAAUCAUCUACCAACAAUACACACACGGAAGCAUGCAGUUAAAGAUAUCUUAAAUAGUUUAAAAUUUUUUCACGAUUUGAGAAAUGCAGCAAUUUGUGAUGAUACAUUUGAUAACGGAGAAGAUGACAUUGCGGUUGUUAUAGAUGAAGUUAUAAUCACGCCGUUUUGGGAUUUUGGUGCCACCUACACAGGAGCAUCCAAGCAGUCGAAGAGCUUAUACCGCAGAAUACUAGCAGCAGACCAAACUGAAUGUGUGGAUCUAACACAGGAAGAUGAUCAACAGUCAAUUUUUGAUUCGGAAGAUAAACCUUUAGAAUGGCUUACUAAGCUGAAAGAGCGUGCAGCAGAGAGAGUGCAAGUUGAUGAGUCGGAAAAGGUUAUUUGCUUAGACUCUGAUUCCGAUGGCGAAUUAUUCUCUGGCAGUAUACUAGAUCCAUCAGAAUCAUAUCAAGAUUGUGAUGCUUUCGAUACCGAUUACACAAGUCUCGAUGGUGGCACAAGUGAUGAUAAAGAGCUAUCUGAAGAUGAGGCGCUAUCAGCAAAUGGAAUUACGCCUAAUUGUCUUAGAACUUACCUCGCGCCUAGAACUAAAAAUCAGAUAAGGUCAGAACCUUAUGAAAGAACAAGAGAUUGUGAUGGCGAGGGUGACAGCGCAGCAGUCGGUACGAAAAAGUCGGCGAUUGCUGCUGUCUCAACGGCGGAACCCACAGUACCGCUCAUUGUUAACUCUUUUACUGUUAGGGGUAAACAAAAUAUGCAUUUGUUGAAUUCACCCCGGUUUAGCCUAGACAUUGGACCAGAACGUUUCGGGAAUGAAGAUAUAGAAUUUCACGAUGCAUGCGAUGAAAUGAGUUUAAACAUCAAGGCAACUAAAAAUCAUUAUAAACGUGCUAAUAGUGCUGUUGUUAAUGACGGUGCAGUUGGCCGUAGCGUUGGUGGCUAUUAUAGAAAAGAAGUUAAUACCGAUGAUGAAGAAGAAGAUGAUGAAUACCAAUCCUUGCCAUCAACAGCAUCGUCAUCAACAACAACACUAGGCAAAGUUAUAUUUUCACAGGCGCUACAGCGGCCUAGUCAACAAUUCUUCACGGGGUAUGAGCGUGAAAACAAUUAUAAACGUCCAGAUAGCAAAGAGAAAACAGUUACAUUUAACGAACGAAAUAAGGCAGAUAGCAAGAAACAAAUGCAUUGCCAGGACAAACCGGUGAAGAAACAAGUGAAAUUCAACGAUAACCCCAUCGGACCGACCCGUCGUCCCCAUACCAAAUUGCCGAUAAAACCAGCUAUACAUCUUAGUAAAAUCCAACCCAGCAGUCGACAGCCUAUUUUCUCAAGUUCACCCCAACCACGUUUCUCAUCACCAUCAUCCUCAACCUCUUCAACAAGCGAAUCACUUAAGCAAAUGGCACAAAAAGCAAACUACUCUACCUUGUUCUAUGGAGAACGCAAAUCUGUAUUACCUACAACUAUUCAUCAUAUACCUGAGCAUAUCAACGCAAUCGCAACACUAUUUAGCAGUUAUAAAAUCUCGAAACCGCCACCGGCCAGUGGCGCUGCAGCACGCAAUAAUGGCGACAACAACACACAUUUAAACAAGCCCAAAUAUAAAGCUGGACCAAAGUCUAUGCAUAUGUCGCGUAAAACGACUGCAAUGUCGGAAACGAGUAAAUAUUCUAUGAACUCUCCACGGUCUGUCUGCAAUUCGCAAUCACCAACCAAAUCACCACGUAGCAACUCCACAUCACCGGCCAGUUUGCGAGCCAGUAGUCCCGUUAUUAUUGCACCCGAGACAGCGGCGGAUCCGAAGUUGAAUAAGAAAUGCGUUGUUCUAAUGAAAGAAAAUGAGGAGGUCCUCAAUUAUAAGAGACAACAGGUCGCUUUCAUUAAUGAAUUGUUGGAGAAACAAAGAGAAAUGCAACGGCAGCGCGCACUAAAACGACAAGAGUUCCAAAAUAUCUUGAAGCAAAAACGUAUAGAGGGUAAACGCUUGAAGGCGGAAAUCUCACAAAUUAAAAAGCAGCAAGCCGCAGCCCACGAAAAGGUUUUAGACACACAGCUACAUCAACCACAACAAUCGCCUACUAUUUUAAAUCGCAAACGCUUACUGGUUAGAGAAAGAAAUGUAACAUUCAAAACCAACACAAAAGUCCGAAGCCGUUCUACGACGCCCAAUCGCUCAAAUAAUGAAGAGCCGUCUGCUAAGGACAUAGAUACAACAAGUGCUGCUAUAAUGCAAUCGGUAAUAGGCGACACUUUUGAAUUGGCGGCUGAAGCUAUGCCUUUAAGCGAUAAAGCGAAUAGGACCUCUAUCGCGUUGAAAAAUAUAAAGGCUGCGCCAGUGUUGGACAAAAAAUCUACAACUUCAAUUCGUUCGACAACCGGAGUGGCAAAUCCAGAGCCAAAUACAUUAACGAACACGCCAAAAAGCAGUGUGCCGAGUACAUCGCCACGAAGUAAAGCAAUAACAACUAAUAUAGCGGCAAUAUCAACACAAACCAUGGACAGUAUGCCGAAAGCUGAAGAAUUGGCAGGCAUAGAAAUACCGGGAGCAGUAGUACCAACGACCAGUAAGACGAGUUUCAAGGAAAAACCGAAAAUACCGGCCCUACUAGCAUUAGCAACAACACCUCCAUAUACACGUUGUGCUAGAUCAAUGACACCCACACGUGGAGUUUAUAAUACGACGAAGCUGCGCGAAAUGCAUACCGAACGAACUACAGAUAAUUUGUUAGUUAACUGUUCAUCACCGUUAUCUACCCCCACAUCAUCUAAAACGCGUUUACAACGCGCGCCAUCAUUAUCACCGUCAAUAUUCAUGAAUCGCAAUCGUGUGGAGGUGCGACGUAGUAUGCAAGAUCCCACUAGUCACACAGACUUCUCUACAAACGGCACCUCUUGGUUGCUGAAUGUAUCGCCGCGAAGUUUCACAAAAUCAUUAAAAGUUCGGCUGAAACGUUUACAGCAUUCAAGUACGAAUUCUUCAACAGAGAAAUCACCAGACAAGGAAACCAACGAUAGAAUUUCAAUGCCAGCUUCUGCCAAGCCAACUCUCUUAAAGGAACGUGUGGCGAACGCAACAUAUACAGUUGCUAACGCGCUCAUUGAAAAUACAGGCGCAGCAACACCAGAAUCUCAAAUUAAAAAAAAUAAGCAUGAGCGAGUGCAAUUAUUAAAACAAAAACUCAAAAAAGAGUUGUACGAAAUGGGUGAAUCAUUUGUACGGCCUGUCAACACAAAAGAUGAAAACGUACUUCUGGAGUCAGCUAAGGAUAUAGCAUAUAGUCAAUCAACGCAAACAGCUGAAGGGCGCAUUAGCAAAGGAGCACGACGAAAGCAUACAAAAAAAGCGCAACAAAGCAACAAAAAGUUAAAGCUUUUAAAAGUCACCAUUGAAAAGCAUACAAAUAAAGUGCAAUCGGAUUUGCGGACUAACUACAGCCCAUGUGAUAAUGCUGUUGAUUGUGACAGUAAAAAUGAGAAGUCAGCGAAGGCAGAUGUUGAAGACGGCUUACAAUGUGAUAGGACUGAAGAAACGAAAGAACCAGUUGGCUUUACCUUAGCAACUGAUAACAAGGAGCUUUGUCAUAAAGGUAGCGAACCACCUAUUGAGUCUAGCGAAUUUGUCGCGGAAAAAACGAGUGUACUACAUAGUGAAAACACCGCAAAACAACAACAGUUUUCCCCAGAGCCUUCAAGGAAUGAUAAACACGCGAGUAAAGAUGUCAAAAUUAUAAAUGAGCACAAAAAUCCCACCUCAAAUAAUUCCAUGGACGUUGAUUGCGACAAUGUUAACAAUAAAAAACACAAAAGAACUCAUAAACAUGGUGCGAUCGUUACGCAAGUUGUAGACGUUACACCUGGCCGUCAUGUGAAGGAUAAUCUUUUGGGCGAUUUAUUGCUGGUCGCAGCUGCAAACCAAUCAACGGUGUUAAAUGCUAAUAACGUCUUGAACACUACACCUAAUUUAGCUAUUAUUGAGCCGCCUGCUGCGGAGUUACCAUUGCUCGUUAAAGUUGUGGAACCUAGUGUAAAGCGAACUGUCGAUCCCGCUGCGUUCGACAAGUCAAAUAAUUUAAUGCCUGAAGGUAUUUGUGACAAAACGCAUAUUGAGAUAUCCGAGGAAAUGGCGGUUGCCGUUUCGGGUCUGACAAUGUUGGCGAAUAGACCCAUAACAACCGCAAACUUCGAAACCUGUAAAAACGCGCCUGAAUUCCGAAAUGAAAACGUGGACAUAAUCUUGCCAAAGAAAACGUCCAACGAAUCCAUUUCCUCUGAUUUGCAAUGUAUGGCUGAGCCAACGAUUGCGAUUAUUAGCGAUACUCCAAGCCAUGCAAUGACGUCAGUCGACGCGUAUGCAGCCAUUGAUGAACCCAAAAAAAGUGUAGUUGGAACGCCUAAUGACAACAUUGCCGGGCCAAAUGAUACAGGUGGCGUAUCAGGUGGGGAGGAGUCGAGCAGUGAUUGUUUGUUAUUGCAAUUGUCAAAGCGUGUACAUAAAAUGUCCGAUUUGGAAAGUAUUGUCGAUGCCACCACUGUGCAUGUGAUUAAGGACGCCACAAUGACGCUGAUGAGUUUCGAAGCCACGCCAACUUUGCCAGCUUACUUGCUUAAUGGCGAAAGUCGUGAUGUGCCCACACCACCAGCCAUAUCAACACCAGCGCCGACUCCUGCACCCACACCCACUGUCGAUUUAGCACCGGAAGCUGAGCAGCCGAAGUCGACAUCGAUACCAACACCACCAUUGCCGGAAAUAAUGAUUAAAGAGAACGCGCACGCCCCAUCGCCAAAAGAUCCUAUAAUAAGUGAAGAGUUAGCUAAAACAAACGACUCAACAGAAGCAACGGUUUCAGUUAAGGUAUCACAACCAUCGCAGAAAAACAUGAUCUCUUUAGCAGCUGCACCUUUACAAGCUCAACCAGAGCCUAUUGCAAUUGGCGAAGGUUUGCCUAAUAACCGUUUGUCACCACCGCAAGAACAACAACUUGAAGCAGAAGUAAAUUCACCGGCGCCGGCAAGUGCAAUAUCGACAUCCGAUCAUGAAGUAUCUUCAACCCAAGAGAUCGUUUACACGCCAACAAAACGUUCAAAUGCCAAUGCUCUCAAUGCCACCGCCGGUACGUCAAUACCAACACCCAACGAAGAGGAGGCAGCAAUGUGGGUGCAAAAUAGUGAAAUAGACACAACACAUCACCUGACAGAAAGUUCAUAUUACAUGCGCAAGCGUACGCGCAAAUUUUCCGAUGAAUUUACUCUGCCUGAAAAUAAAAAUGAAAAUUCUGCUAAAGACAUAAUAAAACAAAGACGUAAAACGUUUUCCUCUGAAUCAUCUCUACCAGUACAAUUUCCAUCGAAUAUAACAUCAUUUACUAAAAAUAAUAAAGAACUUACGAACAGCAGUGCAACGGCUGGCGACGGUAGCGUUAUAAAUAAUGCCGGCCAAAACAGUGGUGGUAGCUCACCAUCUACCACUACUGAGCCAGUGACUAAGCAGGCCCCACCACGUAGACGCAAUCACAUACAAAAACGCAACAAUUCACAAUCACCACUAACAGCGCGUAGUCGCGCUGGUGGCAGUGUUGGUGAAUUGAAUAGCAGUUUUGUGUAUAGUUGUAGUCGUUUACAACCGACUAACGUGGAUAUGGCAGAUGUGGAACGUUGUGUAGUACUGCCAGCGAGCGCUGUUGUACCACCGGUGAAUUUGGGCAACAUCUCGCGUACGUAUUCGAAAAAUAACAUGUCUCAGAUUAAGGUAUUCGUGCCACCUGAUAUGGAAAUGUGUUUGGAAAACGAAGAAAUGGAAAAAGAGGCCUUUAUAGCGACCACCACAAGUAAAAGGGGUCGCCCAAAAGGCAGUGCCAAAAAUCGUAGUCGUAAGGAACCAAAACAAGAAUCAGCUGAAAAAGUGAAUACGAAAAAGGCCGCUACAAACCAAACUAAAACGAAAACAGUGCAAUCUACGAAGAAGCGCGAUAAUGCUGAUAGUCGUCCCAAGCUUAUGGAUUGCUCUUCAAAAUCAACAACCACAAAAGCGCCAACGCGUACGAAGCACGUGGAGCGUGCACCCAAUCGUAAACGAAAAUAGCAUAACAUUUCAAAUACGCGUACACAUCGCACCCCUGAUGACGGUGAUAAUUAUGAUAGUGAUUAUGUUGUGAAAAAUUGUGGAAAAAUUUCGCCGUGCUUAACUUGGCAUUUCUCUGAUUAUGAACGUUUGCGCACACUGCGCCCACGUUUGAAGGAACAAUUGCAGCGCAUGGUUCUAACUGAAGACCUCUCACCGAAUGAGGAUGAAAUUGUUGAAGGCGAGCGGUUAAAUGUGCUUGAUAUUGCUCAUGGUAAUGAGGUUGUUGACCCGAAAUGGAAUGCUCCCGAAAUGCAACCAAUUGUUUUGGUGCAACGCAUUAGCUGGAGAAAGGGUGUAAACAAUGAUUAGUUGUUUAGUAAAGUUACUUUUGUUUUCGUAGCAUUUUAUCUGAAAUGUAAAUGUGUUGUAAAACUUUAUUGCGGGCGUGUGAAUUGAAUAAAUGUUACACACGUUCCAACGUUUUGUUAAUUUAAUUAGUCAUUAAUUAUUUAUAUAAUUUCAAUGCAUACGUAAAAUCAAAAAUACAAAAAAAAUGUAGAAUACAAAAAAUACUGCCAGAGAGAAAAUAAACAUAUGCACCAACAAUAAUAAAACCGUCAUACAUACUAAAUGCAUAAAUAUCGCAUAAAUAUGAAAAAAUAGUGGCAAUGAAGGAAGUGUGGAAAUAUAGAAAACAAUAUAUGGCUUGAGAGAAUGCAUAUUUCAUGUGAAUUUUAAAUAUUCAUAGAAAUCAGACCAAUAUAUACAUAUGUACGUAUGUAAAUAUAUACUAUAUAGAUAUUUCCUUAAAUUUCAUUGAUUUCAAUAAAGCUACAUACUUAUUGUACAAAUUUUAAACUAGUUUCUGAUUAAAACCACAAACAAAAUGGCGUAAACACCAACUGUAACAUAUGUAAAAUGUAAUGUUACGGAAUAUAAAAUGGGAAUUUAAUGUAUAAAACAAAAUAUAUUUUUAUUAUAUAACAAAAUAUACGAUAAUUAAUUUUAAUUUUCAAAUAAUAAAAAUAUAUGAAUAUAUAUGAUUUUGUUUUUUGAAAAAUAAAUUUUGAAACCAUGUUUUCAUUGACUGUACAGUAAUUUUACAUCCUUUUCUUAUUAUGGUUUUAUGAUAUUCGUUUAUAAUUAAAAAAAAAAAAAUAUAAUGAACUAGUAUUUGUAGUAAUGUAGAAAUUAUUUCGAACAAAAUAAAUUAUCGGCAGCAAAUUCGUUAAAGUUUAGGUGUAUUUUUAUAUAAAUAUACAUAUAUACAGAUAUUUAAAUAAAUAUAUGUAUGUUAUAUAUAUAUGUAUAAAUAUAUGUAGUUAUUGAAGAUUUUGUUUCUAUAAAAGCAUUUCCUUAAAUGUUGCGAACAACAAUGCCUUUAGACGUGACAAUUGCUCUCCAACAUGGUUAUUAUUUCUAAACAAUGUUUUUCGAACAAAAUGAAUUGAUAACAUUAAAUUGUUUCUAAACAAAAUAUAAAAAGAAAAAAAAUAUUAAAAUAAUGUAGCUUAAUUUAUAAUAAAAACACGAAAUAUUUUCUAAAGUAGUACGAUAAAUUAUAUAAUUACAGAUAUUUAGAUAAACAAAAAAACAUAUAUAUUUUUGGUGUUGAAUAUGGCAGCUCAAUUUCGAAUCUAGAAUAGUAAUGCAAAUAUUAAUAAAAAAGAGGAAAAUAGUAUACAGAAAUAUUUUGUUCAAAUGGAAAUGUACAUAUAUUUGCUUAAAUAAAACUUAUUAAGUAUAUAAUUGAAAUAUACUAUAUUUCAUAUUGUUUGAAAAAAAAAAUAUGUAUAUAUAUAAAAUUGAAGAUAUAAUAGAUUUACGCGUAAAGAUUAUUAAGAUUAUAAGUGGUAUGAAGUGUCAUUAAAAAAUAUAUAUAUAAAUCGUAUAAAAAUAUAAAUAUAUAUACAUAUACAUAUGUAUAAAUCGGGUAAACAAAAUUUUUGAACGAAAUAAGUAUAUAAAAAAGUAAUCCUAUUAUACGUAUAUAAAAUUUACUUAUAUUUUAGAAGUUAGAUAUAAGCUCACGCGAAAAAAGCGUCCACAGAAUUUCUUAGCAUAACAAACAAAUUAAUUAUUUGCAGGAAAACAAAAUUAAUUUGCGUAAAAAAUCGUAAUUUACAUUUAGAAAUUAAUGUAAUAUUAAAUUAUAUGUAUAAGUGCAUACGUAUAUAUAGUAUUGUUUUCGGGUUUAACAAAUCGUUGAAGUUGAUAAGUUACAUUUCUAAUAGUUUUAAGCGUGAACCGGCAAGCGUUGCAUACAUACAAUUUGAGAAUAUACGAAAAUAGGUGAUUACCGUUUGUUGAUUUCAAAAAGUUAUUGUAUACAUACAUACAAAAAUGGGUUGAUAUGUAUGUAUGUAUAUGUCACCAUUAAAAUAAAUAUUACGAAAAGUAUAUAAAAACACACUGUAAAUAAAAAAGCAAUAACGAACUAAGUCUUCGAAGCACAGCACUCAAAUGAGUAUCACACACACAACCAUACGUAAAUAUUAGAAAGUCGAGAAGUCUUUAUUAUGCAAUCUUAAUGAAAUUCACAAUAAAAAUAAAGUAAUAAUAAAAAUGAUCUUUUUGGAUGUGGAGUGGUGAGAAGAUGGUGGACAAAAUAAGAUGUUUAAAAUUAAAUAUGAUUAAAAAAAUAUAUAUAAUAAAUAAAUAUUUGAUUAAAAAGAAAUUAUGUGUUUGCAAAUGCAUUCAAAAUAUAAACAACCGUACAAAGCCAAAUAUUUUAGAAUGAUAUGUAGCAGUAAAAUGGUAAUAUUUCCUUAAAACAAAAACACGAUAAAGUUUGCUCGAAAGCGUUAAACAAGAGCUGCUAAAUAAGUAAAAUAAAAAAACAUGAAAAAAUGUCAAAUAAUAAUAAGAAAAGUUGCUAUAAGAAAACCAAUAUCACAAAAUAAUAAUAACACUCAUUAUGAUUUCAAACACAUUUGAAAAAUAAUAUUUUUUAUUAUUAUUCCUUAUAUGUAUAUACAUAUAUAUUAUAGAAAUUAUUAUUUAAAAAUGUUAUUUUUUUUACUAAAAAAACUUUUUUGAAUACUAAUUACGUAAUAGCUGUUAAAAGCAUCGUUUGUUGGCAAUAAUAAAGUUCAACUUUCUUCCUUUCAACGUUUCCUUAAUUUGAUGAAUAUUUGUGGCAGAACGAAAAUGCACAACACUACAUAGAUACCUUUAAGAAGGUUACAAGCAUAAUGUAGCCCGUAUUAAUUUACAAAACAAUUUUCUUCGUUGUAACAGUAAUUUAUGGUCUAAGUAAAAAAGUAAUUGAAACAAAAAGCCGUAGCAUAAAUGUUUUUGUUAGAAAACACUUCGGUUAUUCGUACAUCAAGUCAUAAAGUGUGCAUUUGUAUUUAUUAAGUAGCUCUCGCAAUUUUAGUAUAUUUUGUUAUUGCUUAUAUAAAAUAAAUUUGCCUUGCAAAAUUUGUAUUCUGCGUGGAAAUAGCAACAAGUGAGCAUAUAUAUGGUAACCAACAAUAAAUAAGUGCAUUUUAUUACAUUAUUAUGAAUAUAUUUAACUGACGAUUUAAAGUUUAUUGUAGACAAAGCAAACACACUCACAAUUAUUGUGUAUAUUAUUAAUACGCUAGCAAUUUAUUAGUGUACAUACAUUUCGUACGCUUUAUAUAUGUAGAUGUACACAUACCUUAUACUAAAUAUAUACAUAUAUGCUUAUAACACUAUUAAACAAAUGAAUUCUUUAUGUUUGUACACAUUUCGUCGAAGAAAAACACCGUAUUUUAUUUCGUUGUUAUUUAUUGUGAUAAUUUCUAAGUAAAAGUUUAAUCCUUUUAUUCUACUGAAUAUUACAAUGUAAAGUAAAUAAAAACUAUCCAGAGAAUUUUAAAAUUUUUAA